AUGGUUGAUGCUAUUUUAGCAUAUAAAAUCUCGGCUGGAUCGGCUGCACAGUUAGGUCAAUUUCCAUGGGCUGUAUCAUUAAGCCUUGUCAAUCAGGAAGAUUUCAAUUACUGUGGUGGAUCGAUCAUCUCAAAGCGACACAUCCUUACUGCAGCACACUGUCUGCUUAUAAACCAAAUUAUUCAGAUUCCAUGCAUAUCUGCUAUAAAUUUGGGUGCUGUAGCUCAAAUUGUAGUACGAUAUGGCGGAAUAUGCAUUCGAAGCUAUUCUCCAGCAUGUGAUGGACAAUUAUGCAUGACAGCUAGAAUUCGUAAAAUUGCUGUCCACAAAGGUUUCGUGGAUACAGGUUGUUUCGGGGGAUAUGAUUUUGCAAUCAUUGAACUGCAAGAUGAUUUGACGUUUGGUACAGCCACUUCUGCAAUAUGCUUACCCAAUUCAACUUUCAAUCUAAACUCUACUGAGAAUAUUCUUGAUUAUGGAUUUGGUGAGAAUGAACAUGGAGCAAGUAUGUCGAGGUUGCAGUAUGUGAGUGCAAAAAUUAUCAGCGAAGGAAUAAUUGAUGAUGUGAUUGAAGCUGGGCCAAUUCAUACGCCAAGAAAUAGAACUGUCCAUCCAAGCACCUGUCCUGGUGAUAGUGGAGCGGGAUUGCAGGGAUCUUAUAAACAACGGGUGUUUCUCCUUGGUAUAAAUUCGUUUGGCCCAAAACUGUGUUAUGUGGGGUCACCUUAUAAGCUCACCGAUACCCGCCGGUACGCACAAUUGAUAUGUCAUCUGACAGGGAUAUGUUAUCAUUUAUCAUCUUUUACGUGA